AUGCCCAGCUGCUACACAGCAGCAGCAGCAGCAGCAGGAGCAGCAGCAGCAGCAGCAACUGCUGCUGCUCCUGCUGCUGCUGCUGCUGGUAGAGUUGCUGCUGGAUCGAGGAGAGGGGAGAUGAGGAGGGCGUUCGCUCGCAGCUGUUCUGCUGCACCGCGAUCAUUCACGCGACAUGCCCAGCUGCUACACAGCAGCAGCAGCACUGCAGCAGAAAGACAAGGAGACAGCAGCAACUUGUCUCCCCCCACGAGCCCUUUGCUGCUGCGGAGACAAAACCUCUCUCUCCCCUCUCUGUACUCUCACGCAGCAACUACACAACAAAAACACAGCCAGCAGCAACACACACAACACACACAGGCAGAGAGGCGGCAGCAGCAGCUACGGCUGCAGCAGCUGCAACACCAGCAGAUACAGCAGCAACUCCAGCAGCAGCAGCAACUGCAACAGCAGCAGCUGCAACAGCAACAGCUGCAACGGCAGCAGCUGCAACAGCAGCGGCUGCAGCAGCAGCAGCUGCAAAAGCAGCGGCUGCAACAGCAGCAGCUGCAACAGCAGCAGCUGCAGCAGCAGCAGCUGCAGCAGCAGCGGCUACAACAGCAGCAGCUACAACAGCAGAAGCUGCAACAGCAGCAGCUACAACAGCAGCAGCUGCAACAGCAGCAGCUACAUCCCCAGCUGCAGCGACUGCAGCAACAGCGACUACACCAUGAGCAACAGCAGGAACAGCAGCAGCUGUUGCUGCUGCAGCGCAUGCAGCAGCAGCAACAAAGCUACCAACAGCGAGAGGCGGAGCAGCAGAGGCGGCGGGUCGCGGUGGUGCAGCAGCAGCAACAUAGCGCCACAUCGUCGUCAGCAGACAGACUGCAGCAGCAGCAGCAGCAGCAGCAGCAGCAGCGACAGCAGCAGCAGCAGCAGCAGCAGCAGCAGCAGCAACAGAGAGUGUUGAGGGAGAAAGGAGACAACACAAACGCAUGCAUGCAGCAAAACAACAGCCCCGAUUGCGGCUCUUCUCUGCAGCAGCAGCUGCGGCGGGCCCAAAGACACGUGGAGCUGCUGCAGACGCAACUGCAGCAGCAGCAGCAGCAGCAGCAACAACAGCAGCAGCAGCAGCAGCAAGAUAAUCAACAGCAACAACAGCAGCAACUCCAUAUUAUGAUAAAGCAGAAGGAACUGCGUUCUCUAUCAGAAAUACAGAGGCAGCUGCAGCAGCAGCUGCAACAGCAGCAGCAGCAGCAGCAGGGCCAGCAACAGCAACAGCAACAACAGCAGCAGCAGCUCCAACCGAACCAACAAGGCCAGCAGCAGCAGCAGCAACAGCAGCAGCAGCAAAGAAAGAAAGGGUGCCGGCUGGUUCGUUUGCUUCCGCUGCAGCAGCAGAGCUCAGAACCCCCCCAGGGACAGUUGGGGUGUAUGUACAGCUCAGGUGGAGACACUGCAGCAGCAGCAGCAGCAGCAGCAGCAGGAGCAGCAGCAGCAGCAGGAGACAGUGCAGCAGACAAAAGAGAGACAGCAGCAGACAGAAAAAAAGAAACGAAUGUUUAUGGAGAUGUGCUGCUUAAAGGAGACAGAGAGACAGAACACAAACAACUGACGGAGUGUACGUGCAGCUCGUCUGUUGAUCUGUCUCUCUCCGCCGCAGUGCAGCAGUCUCCCCUCGAUAUUAUAUCCUCUAUUAAACAGGAUCUGUUGCGGUUAGAGGAGCUGGGCGAUAUGAAUUUGCUGCUGAAGACAGAGCUGCAGCGCAUGCGGUGA